AUGCAGCUCUUCUAUGCCACUUUUGACGUGAAGCUGGGCCAUUCGAUACUCAAAGGAUUUGGCGAAGGGCUAGGCGGCGUCGAGUACAAGGCUAUUCCGUCAUCGUUUCAGCAGGACGAUGUGGUCUACCUCUCUCACAAUGGACAACCAGGAGUGGCAGUUGUGGUGGACAGAAACAUUGGCAACAACGAGGGCGAGCGAAGAAAUACCGUCUUUGCGCUGGGAGUGCUUGUCGACGAGCCCUGGAAUUACCUCAAUAUCUUGGAUACAACUAUGAAGGCUCUAGAAAAGGGAGACGAAGUGAAAGUGCUCAAUGGACUCUGGUCGCUGCUAACAAAAGGGCCCAAGCCAAUGGCGCCAGAACGACACCCCAUCUAUGCUCUGGUACCGUUGCUGACAAUGAUAGGGCCCGAGUUUUUUGAGAUUCACCGACAAACGCUACUCAGAAACCGUCUACUCAUAGUGCUGGACCACGACACUGGAAUAACCCUGGAACAGGCAACAUCGCUGGUAUAUAUACUGGGACUCUUGGGGGCAUCCAGCGACACAUUACCGGAGCUCAACUUACAAUACAACGUCACAGUUCAAGAUUCCGAACGUCUGGCGAAGAUGAACAACUACCUGGCCAUCACCAGUGACACUAUCAUGUUACACAGAAAGAGUGACCACGACGUGGCUGUCCAACUAUCGAAUGACGGAGUGCAGAUUACGAACUACGGUUUCCCCUCUCAACGCGACUCGAGAAGGUAUCAUGUUUUAACUCAUUUCAUUAAAGCGGUACGUGAAGAGGGAAGAGGCCCUGCGUUCCAGCAACUGUUAUCCCAAGCACAUCACAGUCAACCGUGUCCAACGUCGGCCAAGAAACCUCUAUGGAGGCAGUUUUACGAGGUGCUUGCAAACAACAUGCUGUGGCUGGCCUCGGCAGGCGAAAUCUCCACCAUCGAGGACGAACAGUAUCUGGAGGGUUUGGAGUUUGACGAUGAGGACGAUGACUCGCUAACUCUCGAGGUGCUUUUGGUUGGCUAUUUCCAGCAAAUAACCAACCGGCUGAAUGCGACGGUCCAGAGUCUGGUGACACGGGAUCUAUAUCGCGAAAACCACCAUACUUUAACUCUGGCGCACGCAGACGUGCUUCAGACAGGUCUGGAGAUGUACAACUCGCACGACGAGAAGUUUCUGCAUGACUAUGUGGAGCGUUGGUGGAACACUGACAUCAACGUCAGUUAUCUGGGGCUCUUCAAAUGUUGUUAG